AUGUCUGCAUUCGAGCCAGAGGCCUCAGGUGUGGGGAUACGUCAAGGGCGUGCAGAUCGCGAAGAGUCUCAGGACGACAGCAGCAGCAUCACCAUUAGCAGCAGCAGCAGCAGCAACAGUAGUAGCAGCAGCCAGAGCCCUUCAUCGGGUUUGUACAGCGGGCGCGAUAUGGACGAGGAGUCACCCGACAGUGCGCAGCGGAAGCGCGAGCACUCCGAGACCCCCGAUAGCGCCUCCAGCAGCUUCCAGCAGCAGGGGCAGCCAACUGCCAGCAGUAACGAAGACGAAUCCCAUGCAGCAGAAGACCGGGUGUCGGCAGAGCCAACAUCUGCUCCUGAAAGGCAAGUUGCCAACGCGGAGGAGGCCCCGGAAAGAGGAGCCGAAGAAGAGAAUGAGCUGAAUGAAGAACAGCAGCCCCGUAGGACCAACUCCGAGUACAGCGAAGAAGAUGAUACUUCAGAACAAUGGGAGGAAGCUGUCAGCAGUGCUGAGGAGGGUAGUAUCCCUUUUGAGUCCGACGAUGGGUCUAGCAGCAGCAGCUCCGAUUCAGACAGCAGCACAGAUACACCCGAAUCCGCAUCAGCAGCAGCAGCCACAGUAGACAGUGCAGCUGCAGAGGCAGGGGAGCAAUUGGGUUGCUCCCACUAUCGCCGCAAAUGCAAAAUAGUGGCUCCGUGCUGCGAAAUAGACCGCCACGCUGUGGAAGAAGUAAUCUGCGCUGCGUGCGACACACGGCAGCCCGUGAGCAACAAAUGCAUGCAGUGCCAAGUAACCUUCGGGGCUUACUUCUGCCCUAUCUGCAAAUUUUGGGACGACCUAGGCGAGAAGAAGAAGGUGUACCACUGCGGCGAUUGCGGGAUAUGCCGCUUGGGAGGCCGAGAGAAUUACUUUCACUGCCAGACCUGUGACAGCUGCUACCCACUCCAGCUGCAGAAUAAACACAAAUGCCUGGAAAAUGCAAUGCGCAGGCAGUGUCCUGUCUGCCUAGAAGAUAUGUUCUCAAGUCUGAGGCAAAGCCAAGUGCUGCAGUGCGGUCACACAAUUCAUGCUGACUGUCUGAGGCUGUUACAGAAACAGAAGGGCUUCCAAGCGAUACGCUGCCCCGUGUGCAGCAAGUCGAUUGCAGAUUACAGCGAGUUUUGGAAACAGCUAAGUGACGAAAUCGCGAGGACUCCAAUGGAAGACGAUAUGAAGCGUAAAGUUCGCAUUGCGUGCAACGAUUGCCUUGAGCGUUCAACUACAGACUUCCACUUCUUGGGACUGAAGUGCAUGCACUGCAACAGCUUUAACACCCGAGAUGUGGCGGAGGACUAA